UCUCUGCAGGUCACUCAGGGCGAGCCCCAGAAGUCAUGUUCCAGUCCUGUAGCAGAGAAGGUCGCAGAAAGCUGCCAGCAAAUUUGCCAGUGUAGACCACCUCCACCGUUACCGCCGCCUCCGCCGCCUCCGCCGCCACCGAGGUUGCUAGUGGUCCCAACUCCCAAGUCUACCUUUUGCCCCACGGAGGAGACCUGGUGGCCAGGCCUGGUUAUUACCAUUGCAGUAUGCUGCGCCACACUAGUGUUCCUCUUUGUAGUUGUCAUCAUUUGCUACAAAGCCAUAAAAAGGAAACCACUGAGAAAAGAGGAGAACGGAACCAGUCGAGCUGAAUAUGCAAUGACCUCCUCCCAGAACAACAAAACAGUUGAUAACAAUGCAGUCGUAUAAUUCCUGAAAGCCCUUCAAGAUGCAGGAGGUGUUAAACUUUAGAAGCACACACACGACGUAUGCAAGGUGGGUGAACUAAGGAAAGGAGAGGCGCUCUGUGACCAUGGACUCAAUUUCGGAAACAGCGCCCGCAACAGUGAUUUGGAAGAGAAAAGCAGGUUGCUCUUUAGGCCUGCUGCUUGUCCACGGGAGGAUAAACUUGCCCAUGUGGGCUGCCUGGAGAGAAGGCCCCACAAAGGCGUAAGCAUUGCAUGCUGCAUCUCUUGAAAGCAUCGUCACGAUGACUCCUAUUUUUCUUCUUCUCCUCCCCCCCACUUUUUUAUUUUGGACUGAUUAAGCAAAAGCUGCUUAAAUAGGAUCUUUUGAUCAAGAGGUGAUCUGCCAGAGUGGCAGCAACUUAUUAUAACUGGGUCUGAGGUUCAAGGGUGGAAGUUCUCGCCUACAUGCUUCUCCAGCCUGCGCAGAGUUUUCACUUACAAGUCAGUAGCUUUGUAUGCUUAGUUCAUUCAUUCUUAUCAUUCCUAUUAUUUUGCUAUUAAAAAAAAAGAGAAAGGUUUCUGUUAAGCCAUCGAGCAACCAAAAAUUGCAUGAAUUUGUGACUUAACCCAGGAAAUUCAUCUGCAGUCUCGUGACUAUGCAAUUUUCACGGCGGAAGACUUUACAGGCAAAAGAAAUCAAGAUACAUCAUCUUAGCAAUUAACAUCGUUAAUGAAAAAGAGAUACUAUUAAGAGGUGCUUUGAACAUUACUACUUCAUAAUCAGCCUCCUUUUUUCAUCACAUUUUAUUUUUUAUCUAUAACAAGUUUUUUCUUUGUGAAAUUCUACAUUUCUCUAUGUUUGCAUCAUACUGAUUUGCCAGGGACCCCUCCAGGAAAGAUUUUGUUUACAUUUUGAAGUGACUAUUUGGGCAGGAUUGUGUUGAAAGACUAGCAGGACUUUGAAAAAGAAGUGGUCUGUGUUCACUGAUCAGUGUUGUUUCCUGAAAGUGCUGAGUCUCUGGAACUAGCUCAGCAAGGACAUCAUUAGGUCUGGCUCAGAGGACCUUUUAUGAGGAACUGGUAAGUUGGAUGUGCCCAUGCUAAUUCAGUCUCUGAAGAGGGACUGCCAAGUGUGCCAAAUUCAACAUAAUAGCUUAAUGUUGUACUUUUUGUGAUGUGGAUUGCAGAUAACUUAAAGCAAAGCUGAAUCCACCCGACUUCAUUAGGAUCUCAGGUUAGACUUACUACAUAACCCCUAGGAUAAAG